AUGUCGAGCAAAAAAAGAAAGUGGUCGGACGAAUAUGUACAAUAUGGAUUCACAUGUAUAACGGAACGUGAUGGGAGUCAGCGUCCUAACUGUAUGACUUGCAAUGCCAAGUUGAGCAAUUCUAGUCUAGCACCGGCAAAACUAAGAGAACACUUCCUUAAGCUGCAUGGAGAUGGAAAAUACAAGAACACAACGCUCGCUGAAUUCAAGGUGAGGAGAGCCAGAUUCGAUGAAAAUGCUAGUCUGCCUGUUCUCGGCUUUGUACCCAUCAACAAACCGAUCCUCAUAGCAUCGUGCGAAGUUGCUUACCUGAUCGCAAAGCAGGGCAAACCCCACACCAUUGGUGAAACACUCAUAAAACCAGCUGUGUUGAAGAUGGUGAAUAUCAUGCUGGGAAAAGCGGCUGAAGUUAAGUUAUCCCAAAUUCCUCUUUCAAAUGACACCAUCAGCGACAGAAUAGAGGACAUGAGCAAAGACAUCUUGGCUCAAAUAGUUGCAGAUCUGAUUUCAAGCCCAGCAAAAUUCAGCCUUCAACUCGACGAGACCACAGACGUCUCCAAUCUAAGCCAGCUUGCAGUAUUCGUGCGUUAUGUGAAAGACGACGUGAUAAAGGAAGAGUUUUUAUUUUGUAAGCCUCUUACAACAACAACUAAGGCAGCCGAUGUGAAGAAACUUGUGGAUGACUUCUUCAAAGAAAACAAUCUUUCGUGGGAUAUGGUUUCUGCAGUUUGUUCGGAUGGAGCUCCAGCCAUGCUGGGAAGAAAGUCUGGUUUUGGUGCGCUAGUGAAAGCCGAUGCACCACACAUCAUUGUUACGCAUUGUAUUCUGCAUAGGCAUGCAUUGGCAACAAAAACCUUGCCUCCAAAACUGGCAGAAGUAUUAAAAAUUGUAGUGGAAUGUGUGAACUAUGUGCGAAAUAGUGCUCUGAGGCACUGUAAAGAAAUGGGAUCUGAAUUUGAGAUACUUCUCUCUAAAUCAUCUCAAUCAACAGAUGCAGGGCGGUCAGUCAACAUCAUCGAAGCGGAAGAAAACCUGAAGGCUUUUCAAAAAAAGCUACCGUUAUGGAAACGACGAAUAGAGAACGAUAACUUUGCAAACUUUCCUCUGCUAGACGACUGUGUAAGUAAGAUCGAAGAUGUAUCUGGAAUCGGAGACAUUUCUGUACCCACGGAACUGAAGCAAGCAAUUGCCACGCACUUAGAUGAGCUUGCAACGUCUCUUGAUGGAUACUUCCCUACAAGAGAGUCAUAUCCAGCAUGGGUGAGACAGCCGCUCACAUUUAGUGUUGAGACAACAGAUGUCAAUGAUGAAUACCUCGAUGAAAUCAUUGAACUUCAGCAGAGCCAGGUUCAACAGCAACUCUUCAGAACAACAACGCUCUCAACGUUUUGGUGUCAACAAAUGGUAACGUACCCUGUUAUUGCUAAGAAAGCUCUGGAGUUUUUCAUACCGUUUGUUACAACAUAUCUUUGCGAGCAAUCCUUUUCAAGGAUGCUGGACAUAAAAACGAAGAAAAGGAACAGACUUUGUUGCGAAAAUGACAUGAGAGUGGCACUUGCCAAGGUAAAGCCGCGCAUUUCUGACCUGGUCUCUGAAAGACAACAGCAGAAGUCACACUGA